CUCAUUUGGCUUCUGCGUUCUUCUUAAGCGGGCGCACAGAGAGAGAGAGAAAGAGAGAGAGAGAGAGAUGGUUGUGACGAAAGAAGAGGUUGUAGCCGCCCUCACUUCCUCUCUCAGCCCUUCUCAUCUUCAAGUGAUCGAUACAUCCGGGGGAUGUGGAGCGAGCUUCGAUGUGGAGGUGGUCUCGGAGAAGUUUGAGGGGAAGAGGCUUCUGGAGCGUCACCGUUUAGUCAACGCGGCGCUGGCGGAGCAGAUGCCGCAAAUCCACGCACUCUCCAUCAAGAAAGCCCUCACUCCCUCACAGUGGAAACCCCAGUCAGAGAAUGAAGAGCCAGCUAAGAUUUGAGAGGUCAAGAGCUUUACUAGAAUCAUGUGACUUUGAUCUUUUCUUGAAGAAUGUCUUCUUGUGAACUUUAUUCCAGCAACCCCUUACUUCUGGUUUAUACUUUGCUUGAAAAUCCACAUAUAUAUACUUUUUAUAUUGAUAAAGUAAAAAAAAUAUGUACUUUUGAUAUGCAGACUUGUAAGCUUAUUUGAUUUUCAUCAUGCAUAUUUUGCUAUUUGUUGUGGCUAAA